AUCAUCCGGGUCACGUGGUCCAGUGGCUCCACGGAAGCCAUUUACAGGCGCUAUAGCAAGUUCUUUGACUUGCAGAUGCAGAUGUUGGACAAGUUUCCCAUGGAAGGGGGACAGAAGGACCCCAAGCAGCGGAUCAUACCCUUUCUGCCAGGUAAAAUCCUCUUUCGACGGAGCCAUAUCCGGGAUGUGGCGGUCAAACGCCUGAUACCGAUUGAUGAAUACUGUAAGGCCCUGAUUCAGCUGCCUCCAUAUAUUUCUCAGUGUGAUGAGGUGCUGCAGUUCUUUGAGACAAGGCCUGAGGACCUGAAUCCCCCCAAAGAAGAGCACACUGGAAAAAAGAAAUCUGGGAGCGACCUGACGUCAGGAGACCCCAUGGUUCUGGAGCAGUAUGUGGUGGUGGCAGACUACCAGAAGCAGGAGAGCUCGGAGAUCAGCCUCAGUGUGGGGCAGGUGGUUGACAUCAUCGAGAAGAACGAGUCAGGCUGGUGGUUUGUCAGCACCGCUGAAGAGCAAGGCUGGGUCCCUGCCACCUGCCUUGAAGGGCAGGAUGGCGUGCAGGACGAGUUCUCCCUCCAGCCCGAGGAAGAGGAGAAGUACACAGUUGUCUACCCGUAUGCAGCUCGUGACCAGGAUGAGAUGAACCUGGAGAGAGGGGCUAUGGUGGAAGUCAUCCAGAAAAACCUGGAAGGCUGGUGGAAGAUCAGGUUCCAGGGCAAAGAAGGGUGGGCCCCCGCGUCCUAUCUCAAGAAGAGCGGAGGAGAGCCCCUGAAGCUGGGUCCUGCCUCCUCCAGUCACGCAGGGACCGUCGACCUGGACGGCGUUGGGUGGCAGCAGACCGCCACGGGCAGGGAGAAGGAUCUGCUCAACAACCAGAGGGAAGGCCGCUGUGAAGGCCGCUUGGCGUCCGACGGCGACGUGAAGCAGAGAUCACCAAAGAUGAGGCAGAGACCCCCUCCUCGCCGGGAUAUGACCAUCCCUCGAGGUCUCAAUCUGCCGAAGCCCCCCAUCCCACCCCAGGUGGAAGAAGAGUACUACACCAUUGCUGAGUUCCAGACCACCAUCCCAGAUGGCAUUAGCUUCCAGGCUGGCCUGAAGGUCGAGGUAAUUGAGAAGAGCUUGAGUGGCUGGUGGUACAUUCAGAUGGAAGAUAAGGAAGGGUGGGCGCCGGCAACUUUCAUUGACAAGUACAAAAAGACCAGCAAUGCCUCCAGACCCAACUUUUUGGCGCCCCUGCCCCAUGAGAUGACCCAGCUUCGGCUCGGGGAUGCAGCAGGGAUGGAGCAUAGCGCGAGCAAUGAAGUGCUGGGCCCCUCCAGGCCCCUCCCAGAGGCACCACAUGGUACUGUGGACUCCGGUAUGAUGUGGUCCAGAGACUGGAAGGGAGGGAAGGAGGCCCCGAGAAAGGCAUCCUCAGACAUGUCUGCCUCUGCAGGCUAUGAGGAAAUCUCAGACCCGGACCUGGAGGAAAAGCCUAGCCUCCCUCCUCGAAAGGAGUCUAUCAUCAAGUCAGAAGGAGCGCUGCUGGAGAGGGAGCGGCUGAGGGUCGAGCAGCACUGGGCUUCCUCACCCAAGCCUCCCGGCUCAGUUUUGCCCAUGACUCCAGCCAAGCACAGCCCUCCAGCCCGGGACAGCCGGAAGCCAGAGCCCAAACCUGAUAAAAGCAAGUUGUUCCAGCUGAAAAAUGACUUGGGGCUCGAGUGCGGCCACAAGGUUUUGGCCAAGGAGGUAAAGAAGCCCAACCUCCGGCCCAUCUCCAAAGCCAAGGCUGAGGUGCCCGAGGAAAAGCCAGGAGCCACCCCCCAAAACCCAUUCCUGAAGUCCAGACCUCAGGUCAGGCCCAAACCAUCUCCUUCCCCUAGGACAGAGCCAGCUCAGGGUGAAGACCACGUGGAUAUCUGCAACCUCCGGAGGAAGCUCAGGCCUGCCAAGUCCCCAGAGAAGGAUGGGGAGAACCACCAGGCUGCGGGGGGCCAAGACACAGCCCUGAGCCAAAGCUUCCUCCCCGGGGAGGGACCUGCCCAUGCCCAGGACCGGCCUGGCAGACAGGAGGGGCUCAGCCCCAAAGAGAUGUCCUGCAGAGCCCCACCAAGGCCAACCAAGAGUGCAGAUCCUGGGCCCAAGAACGUACCCAUGCCUCUCCAAGAAGCUACCCAGCAAAGACCUGCGGUCCCACCCAGGAGGCCACCUCCCCCCAAGAGCACAGCAUCGGCAUCCUCCAGGGCCUCCCCUGAGGUCAGACCGCAGCACGAAGGCCAUGAAAACUGGGCGGCUCCGACUCCAGGCCGCCCCCUCUUGGUUCCGCCCAAAGCCAAACCUUUUCUCUCUAACUAUUCUGUGAGCCAAGAUGACAUACGAGGCAAAGGUGGCCCAGGACCACGUACAGCCAGCAAGAUGGGGGAAAACAGGAAGGGAGGACCCGCAGCCUCCUUCCCCAAAACCGAGGGCUUGAAAGACACUUUAUAUGUGGCUGUGGCCAACUUUGAAGGAGAUGGAGAUACCAGCAGCUUCCAGGAAGGGACGGUGUUUGAAGUCCGGGAGAAGAACAGCAGCGGCUGGUGGUUUUGCCAUGUUGUCAGUGGGGCCCCUUCCUGGGAAGGCUGGAUUCCUUCCAACUACCUCAGGAAGAAGCCCUAGCCUGUCCCUCCCUGCGUGGCCGCACUGUCCCUGCGGGCCUACCCCGCAUACUUCACAACCAUACUUUACUAGGCUCCAUGAAUUUCAAAGGACGGGUGGCCAGUAGGGCUGGCUUCUUCCCUCCCGUGACGGAGUGAGUGGCUGGGAUGGCAGGGGCUCCGAGUCUGACCCCCACUGUCCCGGCAAUCCCCGGGACUCAUAGGCCACAGCUGACUAGAUGGAAAUCCACACUGGCUCCUUGCCUUAACAAGAAAAUGCUUACUCUACUCCGUGGCACUGCCCCCGGCAGUGGGACAGAGACUUCUCAGACUCCAGGGCCCAGACCUGGAAACUCAAGAAACGCUGGGAAGUCUCUUGUUGCCUAGAGGCAAAUGGUAAGGGGUAACGCCCCCAGUCCGUGGUGACUGGCUCCAGCAGCUCCCUGUGUCUCCAGGCCUGUGGCCGUAUUCAGUUUCCAAAAUUCCUGACAGAGGGAGAACUGUCUAUUGAAGCUGACUCCAUUGCCAAUCUUCAGAAAGUGUCUUCUUCAAGCCUGGGGGCCUUGGGCGUCUGAGGCCUCACCACAUGCAGCGACCCUUGAAGUGGCUCUGGAGAGCAUUUCAGCUCCCGUCUUCUGCCUUGGGACAGUGACUCAUCCUCACAAUGUGACCCACCCCGGAGCACGCUUCACUCUCCUGCUGCAGACUCUGCUCCAACCAGGGCUUUUAAAAUGAGAAUCCCUGCACCCUCUUUGGGGCUUCUCAUUUUUGUCUACCUGGAAUAAGAGUCUCCACGCUUGUUUGAAGAAGGGAGCAUUUGAAAGACACAUGACUCACGAGCACCCCUUUGCUGAGUAGCUGGUUGGUGCCAAAACUGUUCUUGGCACUUUGCAUUCAUGGUUUACCCUCGCAACUUCCUUGUAAUAUUAUAGCCAUUUUCUGGUUAGGAAACCCAGGUUCAGUGUGCCCAAGAAGGCAAUGGAGAGGAGAGGAGGAGCGAGGGUUGAGGCCUGCCUAACCCCAGAGUCUGUGGUCUUCCCUCUGUAAGAGGCCAAUCAGUCAGAGAGGAGACUAGGCCUGAGGAGCAAGUGGCCAAGUAGCUUCUUUGUGAUGUGAGUGGUGAUGCUCCUCCUCCCUCCCAGCCAUUCCUGGACUCCCAGUUGCUUCUCCAGGGCAGGGGAUGGCCCUGGUUCUGGAGGAACAGAGCUCUGUGCUCUGCCUCUUUGCUGGUGUCCUCUGGGGGAUGAUGCAUGUCAGGCAAAGGGAGCAGGGGUCUCCUGCUGGCUGAGCAACGGUGGCUCUCAGUCGACGGGCUUCCUGCUCCACUCUGCCCUGUUAGGGUGGUGGAACCUAAGCCAACCACUUCACAUGUUUUACUGGAUAGGGCUGAGGCCUGAGUAGGCCCCUGAGUCAGCCAGGAGCCAGGUCUAACACUCAGCUCAGACUGCUUCAGCCUAUAACCUGGUUACUACUAUACAGAAGAGGAGCAGCUCUGCCUUGCUGCCCUGCCCCCAGAGAGGUCCACUUCAGUGCUUUUAAAACCACAAAGCCAGCUUUCCAUGGAUGCCUGCAUCUACAUAGAGUGCCAAAGGUUUUGUUCCUCCCCUGGUCCCUGCCACAGGCUCUGGAAGCUUCUUCAAGCAAAGAGAUUUCCUCUGGCCAAAGUAACAUGUGUCGCUUCCCCCUUUGCUGAGCCUGCAGGCCCACACCUAGGUUGUCUUGGGACACUGCAGGAGUGUGGGCGAUGGUGAUCGUUGGAGGGUCGCUCCCACACCCCUGACUCGGGAUGUUGUCCUGACUUUUUACCCUACUAGGGUUUAAGCAGUGUCUGUAAAGCUGUUUUGCAGGGUUUAACUACCUUUCAAAAGACAAAACUGUUUUUGGUUUGCUUUUGGCUUUCCAUGACCUUUUCAGAUAUUUUGUGAGUGCUGACCAUGUGCUAGGCACUGGGUAGGCAGUGGUGUGGCAAAGAAUUUAAGUGUUUCUGCUGGCUCUACUAAAGGAGAGGUCCUGUCCAUUUCCUUCUUCUCCCAAAGGUGAAGACAGGGAGGAUGCGUGAGCUUAGCUUCCUGUGGCCACAAUGCUUUCCUGAAGCUGAAGGAAUGCCUUUUCUUCUGUUAUUCUGGCAUGAAGGAUAGGUACAGGAGAAACAUUCCUUCCUGUUGUUGGGGAGAGUUCCUGUGUCUGGCUCCAUCU